ACUGCAUGGCAAAAAAAAAAACAGGACUGAGACGUGGAUCAUAUGCAGCAGAGAGCCUCCAACGGGAAUCGAGCCUGCGCCUCAUCAUGUCCGUCCAUCCUGAAACAUCCGUCAAAGGUCGGUGUAUCAUAGCAACGAGUGACAACAAAAGUUAACUGGAAAAGAUGGCGACGAGAGAGCAACAAGCCGCUGCUUACCUGGAGAAACACAAAAUCAAGGAGCUCAUGGAAAACCUGACCAGCAUGCUCUUCUAUUACAGACCCGAGAAUCCAAGAGAAUUCCUUAUUGAGCAGCUGAAGUUGCUGAAGUUUUCUCAACAGACUGGUGUGACAGGUCCAAAUCUAUUUGACGACUCUAACCUGGAUGCAGUCUUAGGGAUACUGGACCCUACUAAUCAAAAAUACAUCACUUUUGCCCAAUACAAGCAGGCUCUGAUCACGCUGGGCAUAAAGGACAUUAAUGAAUGUCCUGAUGGUGUAAAUGAAGACAGAAUAUCCUACGAGACAUUCAAAACAGAAGCGGUCCAAGGCCUGCAGAGAUACCCAUCAACAUACACACAACAAUGAACCCAGUGUCAACUUCCUGCAGCUCCUGUGUUCUGUUGUGUUGUGUUAUCUUCUGUAAUUCUAAAAAAAAAAGAAAAAAAGAAAAAGAAAAAGAAAAAAAUGGAGCUGCCAAACUUCAAGAAAUAACACAAAUUCAGAUAUUCUGUUUGCAUCUUUGUAUUCUUUGUCUAAAAUCUGAUUUUCUACUUGCUUUGGUCAUGCUGAAAUUUUAAAAAAGAAACAUUUUUAUAUAUGGAAACAAUCCAUUUUGCAAGUUGUCAAUAGAAAGUUGUAGUGGUUUGGGUUUAUGUAUGUGCACCUAAUUACCAAUAAAUGAAAUUUAAAAAAGCA